CGCAUACUCUAUACUUCAAGAACGAACCGGAAUAACCUCUCUUUGUGUAUUCGUUUGCAAGUGGAGGAAGAGGUGGCAGUGUGGCACCCUUUUUCUAAGGAUUUUCUUUUCUCUUUUCAAUAACCCACGAAUACGAACGUGUUCUAGAGAAUCUCAACCAAGAAUUGUGGCCAGACAUUCUUCUUUUUUUUUUUUUUGCCCCCAGUUUCUAAGGUUUUAUUUUUGGAUUUCCUUCGUUACCAUAGCCAAAACACUACUGUAGUCAUGUCUCAGACCAACUGGGAAGCUGAUAAAAUGCUGGAUGUUUAUAUAUAUGAUUACCUUAUGAAGAGAAAACUUCAUAAUUCUGCAAAGGCAUUUCAGGCUGAGGGGAAAGUGUCCCCAGAUCCUGUUGCUAUUGAUGCACCUGGUGGUUUUCUCUUUGAGUGGUGGUCUGUCUUUUGGGACAUAUUUAUUGCUAGAACAAAUGAGAAGCACUCAGAAGCUGCGGCAUCUUACAUUGAGACUCAAAUGGUCAAGGCACGGGAGCUGCAGCAUCAACAGCAUCCAAAACCUCAGCAACAUCAGCAGAUGCAGAUGCAGCAGCUGUUAUUACAGAGGCAUGCUCAGCAGCAGCAGCAGCAGCAGCAACAACAACAACAACAACAACAACGAAGAGAUGGGAACCAACAUCCAAGUGGAUCUGCCAAUGGACUUGCUGCUAAUGAUGUCACAAGACAUAACCCUGCAACUGCAAAUGCUUUAGCAACCAAAAUGUAUGAGGACAGACUAAAGCUUCCACUUCAGAGGGAUUCCUUGGAUGAAGCGUCCAUGAAGCAAAGAUUAAGUGAUAAUGUGGGCCAGCUUCUGGAUCCAAAUCAUGCCUCAUUGUUGAAGGCAGCUGCAUUGGGUGGCCAACCUCCGGGGUACUUUCCAAUGCAAGCACUGCAUGGUAUUCCUGGGGGCUCAGGAAAUCUGCAGCAAGCUCAAAACCGGAAUCAGCAGCUUCCUGUGUCUACCCAGCAGGACAUAAAGAGUGAGAUCAAUGCCAUGAUAAAUCCCAGGAGCGCUGGUACAGAUGGAUCAUUGAUUGGAGUUCACGGACCAAAUCAAGGGGGAAGCAAUUUGACCUUGAAAGGAUGGCCUCUAACAGGAGUGGAUCAGCUUGGGCUUCUUCAGCAUCCGAGGUUGAUGCAAUCCUCUCAGGCACUCAGUAAAUUGCAGUUACAACAGCAGUUGAUCCUUCAAGCUCAGCAAAACUUGUCAUCACAAUCUAUCAAUGAUUUGGAGCGAAGAAAACUGAGAAUGCUUCUUAAUAACCAGAAUUUGGGUCUUGGGAAGGAUGUCCCUUUAAAUUCUGGUGAUGUUCUUGGUAACUUUGGAUCACCAAUGCAAGUAAAUAGCCCUAUAUUGCCUCGUGGAGACACUGAUCUACUAAUUAAGCAUGUUUCUCAGUUACAGCAGCAACAGUAUCAACAGAUUCCACUUGCGAAUCAGCAGUCUCAAAAUUCAAAUCACAGCCUUCAGCAACAAGAUAAGAUCAUCGGUUCUAGCAGCAUGACAAUGGAUGGUAGCAUGGCAAACACUUUUCAAGGAAAUGACCAGGCUUCAAAAAGUCAAAUUGGACGAAAGAGAAAGCAGCCAGGAUCGUCUUCAGGCCCUGCCAAUAGUUCAGGCACUGCUAACACCACUGGACCUUCCCCAAGUUCUCCUUCAACACCUUCCACUCACACACCCGGGGAUGCUAUUUCAGUUCCCACUGUGCCACACAAUAAUGGUUCUUCUAAGUCUCUGCUUAUGUUUGGGUCUGAUGGAAUGGGCUCCCUCGCAUCUGCUUCAAAUGAACUGGCUGAUAUAGACCGUUUUGUGGAUGAUAGAACUCUGGACGACAAUGUAGAAUCUUUCUUUUCUCAUGAUGCUGCAGAUCUUAGAGAUAGAGUUAGUCAAUCCGCAGAUAUCAGCAAAGGUAUUCCAUUUUCGGAGAUCCGGCUUAUUCCUGCGAGUACAAGUAAAGUUGAAUGUUGUCACUUCUCAUCGGAUGGAAAAUUGCUUGCAACUGGUGGGCAUGACAAAAAGGCUACAUUGUGGUGCACAGAGUCAUUUACAGCGAAGUCCACCCUUGAAGAGCAUUGUCAAUGGAUCACUGAUGUCCGUUUCAGCCCAAGCAUCUCACGUCUUGCAACAUCUUCAGCUGACAAAACUGUCAGGGUUUGGGAUGCUGAUAAUCCAGGCUACUCGCUUCGCACAUUUACAGGACAUUCUACAACUGUGAUGUCAGUGGAUUUCCAUCCUAGUAAAGAGGACCUUAUCUGUUCAUGUGAUAAUGACAGUGAGGUUCGCUACUGGAGUAUAAAGAAUGGUAGUUGUGUUGGAGUCUUUAAGGGCGGUGCUACUCAGACAAGGUUUCAACCUCAUUUUGGAAGGAUCCUUGCAGCUGCUGCAGAGAAUGUGGUAUCCAUACUAGAUGUUGAGACUAAAAUGUGUAGGCUUAAAUUCCAGGGCCAUAAAAACCAAAUCCAUUCUGUGUGUUGGGAUCCUUCUGGCGAGUAUGUGGCAUCUGUGAGUGAUGACUUGGUUAGAGUGUGGACGGUGGGCUCCGGCAGUAAAGGGGAAUACAUUCAUGAAUUGAGCUGUACUGGCAACAAAUUUCAUACUUGUGUUUUCCAUCCCACUUACUCGUCUCUGCUGAUCAUUGGCUGCUAUGAGAAUCUGGAGCUUUGGAACAUGGCUGAGAACAAGACGAUGGAUGUACGUGCGCAUGACAAAUUGGUAUCUGAUUUGGCAGUGUCAAAUGUUACUGGCUUGGUAGCUUCUGCUAGUCAUGACAAGUAUGUCAAGCUCUGGAAGUGAUUUCAUCGCUCGCUCUUUUUGAGUCUUCUCACAUUACCCGGCGUUAAUACAUAGAUGAUGUAUGCAUGCAAACGUUAUCCAGACUUUCUGACAGAUGCAUUUGUAGCUGUCAAUAAUGGCAAAUGGUUACAAACUGUUUAGCAGAAGGGGUUUUAAAUUUUAUCCAUUAUACGUUGGACGCUGACCCAGUCCCAAGUGACCCCAAGAUUUCAAAUUUUGUGCCAUGAUCCGGCAAGUACAAGUAUUUCAGGAAAACCUUGAAAAGUUUUGUCAUCGUAAAGCAACGUAUGUAGUAUGUGAAUGCAAUGAUCAAAUAUAUAUUAUUCGUCUCAAAA